AGACGGAAAAGCCGGAAAAAGAUACGAGAAAUGCCUGCAAAGAAAAAACUUGAAGGCAAAGCUAAAGCCGGGAGUAUACCGGGGGAUACAGGAUCUGUGGCAACCGCGACUAUGGUUCGGCGCCAAAUGCCGCCGCGCGCCUGCAAGAGCAAGAGCCAGAGCGCCGCCAGGCCCAGUCUUAGUCCCAGCCGCCUGGCCAAGAAGCCCAGCCUGACGCCGACCACCGGUUCUCAGGCGCCAUCGCAGACCAUCGCAAAGUCGAGGCCCACCGGUCUCGAGACGAUUUUUGAACGGCCCGGCAAUGAGGACGACGGGCCCACCAGCAGCCAUGCCGUGGCAUUCGGCGAGUGCCAGCGCCGCGUCCUCGCCCUGGGGACGGGCGAAAAAAAAAGAACCCUGUCGCAGAAGAGCUGCCUGAAGGUGCGCAACACCUUGGGCGAACGCAGCACCCGGCACAUGAUGACACUGCGGGCGUCCCGCACUACUUUGGACAGCGUAAUGCUCGGGGGCUCGGACGAUGAAGGCGAGUCGGUCGGAGUCGCUCCCGCAGUCGCUCCCGUAGCUGCUCCCGAAGUCGUUCCCGCUGGAGGAAAUGCCGGUACAAAUCAGCCGGCACCAUUCGUGCUGCGCACCAGCAGGAGGCUCAAGAGUCUGCCUCCGUUUUAGAUUGUUGCACCUUCCACCCUCCAAAUGAAAGAAAAAGAAUAAAGAAAAGAAAAGCAAAGAAAAGAAAA